GUUAAAAUGUGACUGGACAUUGGUGUGCACUAUAUGCAGGCUCACAGUGUAGGUCAAAAGCAUUACAUUAUAAACCGGCAGUAUAUAUACAGGCAGGAGGAAGGAAACACCACAACACUCAGACAUUCAUCUGUCAGCCAUGCGUGUCAUCAACCUUGGUCCAGACCCAUCUCUGGCAUAUCGGCCAAAUUUGGAGGUGGAUAAAACCAAAGAAAAGGAAGACUACAGAAACUUCAAGAGUGGAAAUCUAAUUGACCGUGUGUUCAACACAUACAAGCUGAUGCACACCAAUCAGACGCUGGACUUUGUGAAACAAAAACACUCUGUAUGGGCCGGCUGCAACCAUGAUCAUAAGAGGAUGAUGGACGCCAUCAUGUCUCUAGACCAGCUGGUGGACGAGUCUGAUCCUGAUGUGGACUUCCCCAACUCCUUCCACGCCUUCCAGACUGCUGAGGGCAUCCGGCAAGCACACCCGGACAAAGACUGGUUCCAGUUGGUGGGUCUGAUCCAUGAUGUUGGAAAGACAAUGGCUUUUUGGGAUGAACCCCAGUGGGCUGUAGUUGGUGACACCUUCCCAGUGGGCUGCAAGUUUCAAAACUCCAUUGUCUUCAGAGACAAUACCUUUAUGGAUAACCCAGAUGAGAAAACUUUCAGCUACAAUACGGAAAACGGGAUCUAUGAAUCAAACUGUGGACUUGACAAAGUCCUCAUGUCCUGGGGCCAUGACGAGUAUCUCUACAGAGUUAUGAAGUUUAACAACUGUUCCAUCCCAGAGCAGGGGUUGUACAUGAUUCGCUUUCAUUCGUUCUACCCCUGGCACUCCCACGGAGACUACAUGCACCUGUGCAAUGACAAAGACCUGCGCAUGUUGCCCUGGGUCCAAGAGUUCAACAAAUUUGACCUGUACACAAAGAGCACCGAGCUCCCCGACGUGGACAAGCUGAAGCCGUACUACCAGUCUCUGAUCGACAAGUACUGUCCUGGAGUACUGAAGUGGUGAAACAAACAACGUUGAAUUCAACUGCAACACUAUAUAGUACAGGGUGACUACAUAUGUGGAGAAAUAUAGAAUGAUUUCUCAUGUUGUUGCUUUAUAAUGACACUAAAGCUGGAUUUAGUCUCUCCUGUACACAUAUUUCUUACACGUAUUGAUCUAUACUGACUGAAUUCAAAUUACAUAAGGUAUAAACUGUAAAACAGUAACAAUUUUUACACAAUUUCAGAUUAAAAUGUACAGAAAGGUGUUUAUUUUAUUAUACUUUAUUAUAUGAAAAAA